ACAAGAUAACAAUUAUUUACUACUCAUGUUAAAUUAAAAUUUAUGGAACUAAAAUAAAAUAUUUAAAACUUUUGAAAAUACUGAAAUAGCAAAAGUUCACACAAAUUUUUUUCGUUAUGAAUAUAUUGAAAAUAAAAUCCAUUAUCUAUAUUGCAUAUUCUGUGAUAUAAUCAUUUUUAAGUCACCAAGUAUAUACAAUAAAAUUUAAUUUUUAAAAAUAAUACAACUCAUUGGUGUGUAGAUAUUUAUUUUUGAUUAGUUUUUUAUAGAUAAAUACAUAUUACACAUACACACAAUAUGGACGUCACUCAUAAAUUAGAUGGCGGUGUUUUAAAAGAUAUAAUAAAACAUGGCAACGGAACUGACAAGCCACAUAAAGGAUGUAGGGCUUUUGUACAUUACACUGGUACACUUCCUGAUGGUACAGUAUUCGAUAAGACUAAUGAGACACCAUUUCAGUUUACUUUAGGAAAAGGUUAGAAAUAAUUUAUUUUAUAUAGCUUUAAAGUUAUUUCAUUUUAUUAUUUUUUUUUUUUUUUUUAGAUAUGACCAUAAAAUGUUUCGAGUUAGCCGUGGUGACAAUGAAUAUCGGUGAAACUUCAAAGUUUAGAUGCCAUCCAGAUUACGGUUAUGGCUCUGAUGGUUUUGAACUUGUUAUCCCUCCUAACACAUGGCUUACAUUUGAAAUACAUUUACUGAAAUGGACGUGGGAAGAUAUUAGUCGCCGAAAAGAUAGAAGUAUUACUAGACAAAUAAUUGAACCGGGAAUGAACCAUUCUACACCUAGUAGUCUAUCGUUAGUUAAUAUUCAUUUAGAAAAAGAACAAAAUGGCAAUGUUGUCGAGGAAAAAGAUGUAGAAUUCAGGUUAGGAGAAGGUGAAGCUUUUGGUAUCUGUCCUGGUAUAGAAAUAGCAUUAACUAAAUUUAAAAAGAAUGAGAAGUCAAGACUGUUUAUUCAAGGGAAACAUACAUUUAUGACUUAUGAAAAAGAAGACGAUCAAGAAGUGUAUGUCAUCAGACUUAACUUUUUUGAAAAGGUUGGAAUUUAUUUAGAACAUUUAUUUGGAACAAAUCUAGUUUAACUUCAUAUUACAUUUUUUUACUUUUUAUUUUUUUAGUUAUUAAAAACUACUGGUUUACGGAAUUUUAAAUUUGAUCAUAAUUUGUAAAAGGUUUUCUAAAAAUUUAAUGUGGAGUUAGCGGUUUUUUUUUCUUAUAAGUAAUUUAAUUUUAAACAAAAUUUUAUUUGUUUGAAUUCCAGUUUUAUUUAACAUUCAAAAAGCUAUAUAAAUUAAUAAAAUAAUUGUUUAAUAUUGAUAUACUACCUAUAGUUGUAUGCCGUCAUACAUGACUGUUUAUAAUGGUCAUUAAAAUUUUAAAAUGGCUAGUGAAGUGUUAAAUUCAAAUGCUGUAAAUCUUUAUAGUAAAAUGUUUUUACACAUAAAUUUUAAUAAAAUCAAACAAUUUAACUUUAAAGUUUUAUUUCAUUAAUGAAAUUGAAACAAUCAUUAUUAUGUAUAAAACUCUACUAACUUAUAGAUAGAUUUAAAUUAAAUUGAUAUAUUAAAUAAUUGAAAAUCAACAAUAUUUUAUUGUAUGUCAAUUGUAAAUAUUUGAUAAAAGUUGACAGCAACAACAUUACUGCAAUGAUUUACAUUUAUAAUUCAGGAAACUGGGUACACUAUAAUACAAAGUUGAAUUUUAAGUAUAAUUAUUACAAAUAAUAAAUUAUAAAUAUGUGAGAUGUGGGUUCAUUCACAAUUUUUUGGUUACACAUGUAUGUCGUACCUGUAUGUGUUACUUCCAUCUUACUUACACACAACAUAGUAAAAUUAAAAUUAUUUAAAAAUGCAAAAACUAACAUGGUUAUAUUUUGUUUUUGUAUGAAAUAUUAUUAGAAAAAGUUACAUACAGUCUUCAAAAAUAUUUUCCUCUUACUUCCAGUUUUAACCUAAACACCAUAAUUUAUAUUUUAAAUUUAAGUAAGAGAAAACGUAUUUUAGACAGAUUGACAUAUUUGGUAUUAUAUAUGUAUAUAUAUUUCAUUUUUAAAAUUUAUAGAUAAGAAGAUAAAAUGAAAGAAAAUACAGAAUUGUAUUUUUUUACAACAUAAAACAUUUAUUUUAAUAUGUUUCCAUUGUAUUUUAGAUUCUUGACAGUUGGUCAUUGACAAGUGAAGAUCGUAUAGAACAAGCAAAAUAUUUCAAACAAAAAGGAACAGAUUAUUUUAAAGUUAAUAAUUAUAAAUUGGCACUCAAAUGUUAUAAGAAAAUGUUUGACUAUUUAAAAGAUGAUAUUUCAAGUAUUUAUUAAUUGUUUUUGAUAUAUUUUUAGUAAAAAUUAUUAUUUUAUUAUUUUAUUUCAGUCGAUGAAAGUCAAAUGAAAGAAGUCAAAUUUCUUACUGUUGUGUCCUAUCUAAACUCUGCUCUGUGUAAUUUAAAAUCAAAUAGGCACACUCAAGCUAAAAAUGAUUGUGAAAGUGCAUUAAGUAUUGAGCCAUUAAAUAUCAAAGCUUUAUUUAGAAAAGGAGAGGUAUGUAUACUUGUUUUUAGAACUUGAAUAGUUAUCAAAUUAACAGUUGUAAUGUAUACAAAUAAAUUAAAACACAAACAAUAUUUUUAAAAAGUAAUUACUUUUUACCUUUAUUAAAUUUACCUAUUAGUUUUAAAUCUUUUUUUUGGUUAACCUGAAUGUUAAAUAAAGUAUAAAUUCCCCUAUUUAAAUAACAAAAACACUAAGGAGUUAUAGUCUGGUAUUUUUUUUUUCUUAAACCUGACAUUGAAAUUUAUAAAUACUACAGUUUAGCCCAAAUGUAGUUGGUCACUACUAGGUUUGUCCUGGUGAAAGCCAAAAUUUGUCAUUUCGCUCAAGGAUCAUAGGAACUUUGUAUUUUAUCAAGGCAUUUCUGAGGUUUGCCCGAUUCAGAAUUUUGCCCGUAACAUAUUUACUAAAUGCUAUAUUUAUCUGUUUAUGUGUUUAUUUAUUUUUGUUCAAUUGGGAUAAUAACUGUACAUCAAUCUAAAAUUGGCUAAAAAUUAAACAAUUUUCUGUUUAUGCAGAUAAAUAAAUCACCAAUAAUCCAUCUAGACCAGUGUUUCCCAGCCUUUUUUAUUCUAUGGUUUUCUAUAAUCUCAUGCUUGCUUUUAUUAAUUAAAAAUAUGAAAUAAAUUGUUUUUAAUUUUAGAUAUGGUAAAUUUGCAUGUUUAUUCUUACUAUUACAUCAUCACUAUAUUACCCCCACACAGUAUCUAAAUUCCUUCAUAGAGAGGAAUUACCCUCCCCCUGUUAGGAAACACUGAUCUAAAUAAUGCAUUUUUGUAAAAUUCCCUACUAUUUUUUAAUACAAAAAAAAAAAAUGUAUAUUUCAUGUGAAAUAUGAUAUGAUGCAAUGGAUUUUAAUUUUAUACUUUUUGCUUUAUUUUUUAUCUAUCCAAGGGUCAUAUUUGAUUAAGUAUAUUAUAUUGAUUCUCCUUGACUAUUGAAUAAAAUACCAAUUGGAUAUUUUGAAAUUUUUGAAAUGUUAAUAUUAUUUUAUAACUUUAGGCUUUAAUUGGUUUACACGAACUGAUAACUGCAAAAGAAUGUUUUGAAACUGUUUUACAAAUUGAACCUAAUAAUCGUGCUGCUGUAGUAAAGAUUAAUGAAUGUGAAAAUAAACUAAAAUCUCAAAAUAAAUUGGAAAAAUCAGUGUAUUCAAAUAUGUUUGAGAAAUUUGCCAAAAGAGACAGUAAGUAGUUUUUGUUUUUAAAUUAUUUAAAAUAUUAAUAUUUAUUUUAUUGUUUAUAGCUGCAAAAGAAGAAGAAUUUUUGAGUCAGCAACCAGAUGUCAUGAACACACUUGGUGAAUGGGGUGAUGAUGAACGAGAACGAGCACCUACUGAUUUUGAGAAAGAGAACCCUAAUAUACUGAUGUUAAACACGACUGGUGAUUUUAAAAAUAUGUAAACCAUGAGAUUUCAUAUAGUAUGAAAUUCAUUAUUUUAAUGUAAUCAUGUGGACAAAACAAACAUAGGAUUUUUAUACUAAUUUAUUUGUUCAAAGUUACAAUUUUAUGAUAGGUUAGUGAAUUCUGAUGAUAGGUUGUUUUUUUUUUGUUUUUGUUAGUUUAGUAUACACGUAAUUUUUCCUAUAUUUUCCAUAAUAUAAUAAUUUACUUUUAUUGUAUAAUAAAAAAAAUUCAUAAUAUAAUAACAAUAUUGUUUUCCGUAUGAUCCACUUUGUAUUUGAAAGCGAUGUAUCUUGUUAGGCGUUUCAGAAAAGUUGUUAAAUAGUUUUUCUUUCCAUUUAGUAACCAAUGCCAAAAGAAUUAGAAUAUGGUGAAUGUUUGAUUCCAAAAGAAUGUGCUUGUGUUUCAAUUUGAACCUGAAACAUUAUAUUAAAAUUCUUG